AUGGCUGAACAAUUCCUAGGCUUCGACCUGAGCACACAGCAACUCAAGGGCAUCAUCGUCGGCUCAGACCUGAAACUCAUCCACGAAGCAAAAGUUGACUUCGACGCCGACUUUUCCAGAUAUGGCAUCGAGAAGGGUGUGCUCACGAACCCUGCCGAGGGCGAGGUGUUCGCGCCCGUUGCUUUGUUUCUGGAAGCUAUCGACCUCGUCUUGCAGCGGUUGAAGGAUCAGGGUGCCGAUUUCUCAAAAGUGCAAGGCAUUUCCGGCGCGGGGAUGCAGCAUGGCACCGUGUUCUGGAGUCAAGAUGCGGAGAAAUUGCUGGGAGGGUUGGACGGUGGGAAGACGCUGCUGGAACAACUAGAGGGCGCAUUUAGUCAUCCGUUCAGCCCCAAUUGGCAGGAUGCGAGCACGCAGAAGCAGUGUGAGGCUUUCGACGCUGCGUUGGGAGAUGCGAGGAAACUGGCUGAGGCUACGGGGAGCAAGGCCCAUCAUCGCUUCAGUGGCCCUCAAAUCCUCCGCUUUCACAACAAGCACCCUGAUGUGUAUAAAGCAACUUCUCGCAUCUCUCUCGUGUCGUCCUUCCUCGCGUCCAUUUUCCUGGGCAAAGUGGCUCCCAUGGACAUUUCAGAUGUUUGUGGUGCCAAUUUGUGGGAUAUCGAAAAUGGCUGCUGGCAAGAGGACCUUCUCGCACUCGCCGCGGGAGGGAGCGAGGGCGUCCAAGAUUUGACGUCGAAGCUGGGCGAUGUUCCCCAGGACGGCGGUGCCAGCUUCGGCAUUAUCUCAACCUACUUCAGCAAGCGCUACGGCUUCCCUUCGUCGACUGAAAUCAUCGCCUUCACAGGAGACAACCCUUCCACUAUGCUCGCUCUCCCGCUUCGCUCUUCAGACGCCAUGGUGUCGCUGGGUACAUCAACGACGUUCCUCAUGUCAACCUCGCAGUACAAACCUGAUCCCGCCUACCAUUUCAUGAACCACCCCACGACAGCAGGUCUCUACAUGUUCAUGCUCUGCUACAAAAACGGCGGUCUAGCACGCGAACACAUCCGCGACGCAAUCAACAAAUCCACCACCUCCUCAGACGCCAAAUCCUGGGAAUCUUUCAACGACCUCGCAACCAGCACCCCCGUCCUCGGCCAAGACGCUCCCUCCGACCCCACGCGUCUCGCCCUGUACUUCCCGCGCCCAGAAAUCGUUCCCAGCGUCAAAGCAGGAACAUGGCGCUUCCUCUACGACACCAAAACUCACACCCUCUCCGACGCGAAACCAGACGACAAAACCUGGCCCCUCACAGCAGACGCAAGAGCAAUCCUCGAAUCCCAAUUCCUCUCCCUCCGCCUGCGCUCCCAGUCCCUCGUCGAACCGCAAGGCGACCUCCCUGCGCAGCCGCGCCGCAUCUACCUCGUCGGCGGCGGCGCCGUGAACCCCGCUAUUGCCGAGCUCGCGGGCCAGGUCCUCGGCGGCAGCGACGGCGUGUACAAGCUGGAGAUUGGCGGGAAUGCGUGUGCACUUGGAGCGGCGUAUAAGGCGGCGUGGGGUGUGCAAAGACGGAGCGGCGAAGGGUUUGAGGAUUUCCUCGAGGAAAGGUGGAAUGAGGAGGGGUUUGUGCAGAGGAUUUGUGAGGGGUAUCGUAAGGGCGUUUGGGAGAAGUAUGGGGAUGCGUUGGAGGGGUUUGCGCUCGUGGAGGGCAGGGCUGUGCGGGAGAAGGGCGAGGGGGUUGAGGGGAAGGAGGAGAGGAGGUGA